GACCUGGUUCUUCUCUAUUUCAUAUUCAAAACCUAACAACAGAAUAUCACGUUUGUUAGAGAACGAUGGCGAACUCAGUGGCCGAUUCACACAGCAAUACUGUAGCGGUGCAAGCCACCAACGAUGACGCUUCCGCCAGCAAAUUGUCAUGUGUGAAAAAGGGAUACAUGAAAGAUGAUUACAUUCAUUUAUUUGUGAGAAGGCCUGUGAGGAGAUCUCCAAUUAUUAAUCGUGGUUACUUUUCUCGUUGGGCUGCUAUUCGGAAACUUCUAUAUCAGUUUCUUGAUGUUGAAAAGAAGACAGAUGAAAGUUCCCCAACAAAGAAGCAGAUAUUAUCACUUGGAGCAGGCUUUGACACAACAUAUUUUCAGUUGCAGGAUGAGGGGAAAGCACCAUACUUAUACGUGGAAGUGGAUUUUAAGGAGGUAACUAGUAAAAAGGCAGCGCUUAUUGAGACUUGCAGUCAGUUGAGGAAUAAAGUUGGUGAAGCAGCAGCCAUAUCAAGAGAGAAAGGAGAAGUGAUCAGUGAUCACUAUAAACUAGUCCCUGCAGAUUUGCGUGAUGUACAACAGUUAAGUGAUGUUAUAACUCUUGCUGAUAUGGAUCCAAGUCUGCCGACUUUUAUAAUUGCAGAAUGUGUUCUGAUCUACUUGGAUCCUGAUUCAACUCGUGUAGUUGUUGGUUGGGCUUCACAAACAUUUUCAACAGCAGUAUUUGUUCUUUAUGAGCAGAUCCACCCAGAUGAUGCUUUUGGGCAGCAAAUGAUAAGAAAUUUGGAGAGUCGAGGUUGUGCUCUGUUGGGUAUUUAUGCUACACCGACUUUACUUGCAAAGGAAAAAUUAUUUCUGGACCAAGGAUGGCAGAAGUCUGUUGCCUGGGACAUGCUAAGAAUUUAUAAUGAUUUUAUUGAUGCUCAAGAAAGACGCAGGAUUGAACGACUGGAAUUGUUUGAUGAAUUUGAAGAGUGGUACAUGAUGCAGGAGCACUACUGUGUGGCUUAUGCAAUCAAUGAUCCCAAGGGACUUUUUAGGGACUUUGGUUUUGUCAAUGACAAGAGUGUGCUUCCUUCCUCAUGAAGCACGAGGGUACACUCCCAUUGCAUAACAUAUUAUAUUUGUAUUACCAAUUGCCAUCUGCGGUUGUAAAACUCAUGGUGACAAGUGCCAGCUCACUCUGCUGGGAAUGUUGUCUAGUAAAAAGGUUCUCUCAGCAACUUGUUCGUUAUUAUUUCAGAAUUCAGCCAAAUGGAUGAUUAGUUUUUGUAUGGACUCCUCCAUGUAUUUUUUGUUUGACACAGCACAGACACUACCCCUUUUUUCUGCUAGCUGUUUGGCAUAGAAAAGUGGUGGUCCCCACACAGCACCAACCGAGAUAAUAUGUCAAAUGUAGAAGAAAUAUGAAAAUAGUAUGCAUUGUUUUUACUUUUCA